GCGUCAAUGAUUCUCCUCCGAAGAAAGAAACAGUUUCCCUCAUGGCUGCUGCUGCUGCUGGUGCAUCGUCGUCGUUAACAUCUCCGGCGACGGAGGAGGAGCUAACACUGACCGUGAAAUGGGCCGGCAAGGAAUACACCGUGAGAGUAUGCGCCGACGACUCCGUGGCUGAACUUAAACGCCGUAUUUGCCAACUCACCAACGUACUCCCCAAACGUCAGAAACUUCUUUACCCUAAAAUUGGAUCUAAACUCUCCGAUGAUUCACUCAUUCUCUCUACUCUCCCUCUCAAAUCGUCUCUCAAAAUGACUAUGAUCGGUACUGUUGAGGAUGAUAUAAUCGUGGAUCAAGUUGAUUCUCCGGAAAUUGUUGAUGAUUUUGAAAUUGGGCAAGAUGAAGUUGUAGACAUCAAAGACAAAGAGGUCAACAAGCAGAAACUAAAGAGACGCAUCGAUCAAUACAAGAUUGAACUCAGAAAUCCAUGCCGAAAAGGGAAAAAGCUUCUUGUGUUGGAUAUAGACUAUACUCUCUUUGACCAUCGGUCAACUGCAGAAAACUCGCUUCAACUCAUGCGCCCUUAUCUACACGAGUUCUUGACAGCUGCUUAUGCAGAGUAUGACAUCAUUAUAUGGUCUGCAACGAGCAUGAAAUGGGUUGAGUUGAAGAUGGGUCAGCUCGGGGUACUAAGUAACCCCAAUUACAAGAUUACGGCUCUUUUAGACCAUUUAGCAAUGAUCACCGUUCAAUCAGAUAGUAGGGGAAUCUUUGACUGCAAACCACUUGGGUUAAUUUGGGCUCAUUUUCCUGAGUUCUACAAUGCAAAGAACACGAUAAUGUUUGAUGAUCUAAGGAGGAACUUUGUAAUGAAUCCACAGAACGGGUUAACCAUAAAACCGUUCAGAAAGGCGCAUGAAAACCGAGAUACUGACAGGGAGCUAGUGAAGCUAACACAGUACCUACUUGCCAUUGCUGAUCUUGAUGACAUCAGCGUACUUGAUCACAAGAAGUGGGAGUCGUAUGAUGAGGUCGCCAACAUCAAGCGAAGGCGUCACACAUGAGAUCUUCUUUCAUUGGGAUGUUACUAAAACUUUGUAGCUUUCAAGGACCCAAUUUGGGACGCAAGACACUUUUUUAUGUUCCUAAAUUAUUAUUAUUCUUAUUAUCAAUAUGGAAUUUCAUUGAAGUUUUUUUUUUUA